CCACAGAACGCAGGGCUGCUGUGACAUCUACAUGUGAAAGAGCAGAUAAAGCCGUCCAUGGAGGAGUCGACGUCCGAUAACCUCCAUCAAGGAGAUUUGCUUUCUGGGACUGGACUGAUUCUUCUCCAAAUAGCAUUUGGAAGAAGAGGCGAGGAGGGGGAGCUGACAUGUCCCCUGCUCACAAGCACAUCUCGCAGCACAGCCCUUUCAUUCUGUGCUUGGGAACACCCCUGUGCUUGAAAGGAAUGGUACUUCCUGCUUUCAUAAACAGUCAUGUGUACAGUUCAGCCAGGCCUGAUGCCUCUGGAGCUUUCUUUUUCUGAAAGGCACCAGUGAAUUGCCUUCCCGUUUCUGUUGUGUUUUUUUUUUUGUUUUUUUUUUUAAUUUUAUUUAUUUUUUUACAUGUUCUAUCUACCGGCGCCGCCGAUUUCAUUGGCCUUCAGGAUUACAGCCCGGCUCCGGGUUACACGGAUCUUUUGUGCAAGUCAAGACACAGCAGAUAAUCCUGGUGGGGAAUAUUUUCAGAUUUUUCGAGAAACCAAGUAGAAGAUUGAGCUGCUGAUGUCAGUUAACUCCGAGAAGUCGUCCUCUUCAGAAAGGCCGGAGGCUCAACAGAAAGUUCCAUCAGCUCCUCCAGCUCCCCCGCCACCUCCUCCACUACCAGAGCCAGCACCACCUGAGCCAGAGGAAGAAAUUUUGGGCUCUGAUGAUGAGGAACAAGAAGACCCUGCUGAUUACUGUAAAGGUGGCUACCAUCCUGUGAAAAUAGGAGAUCUGUUUAAUGGUCGUUACCACGUUAUUAGGAAGCUAGGAUGGGGUCAUUUCUCCACAGUGUGGCUCUGCUGGGACAUGCAGGGAAAGAGAUUUGUGGCAAUGAAAGUCGUAAAAAGCGCUCAACACUAUACGGAGACGGCUUUGGAUGAGAUAAAGCUGCUCAGAUGUGUACGUGAAAGUGACCCUGGAGAUCCAAAUAAAGAUAUGGUGGUGCAAUUAAUUGAUGACUUCAAAAUUUCUGGAAUGAACGGCAUACAUGUCUGUAUGGUGUUUGAAGUUCUGGGUCAUCACUUAUUGAAAUGGAUCAUCAAGUCAAACUAUCAGGGUCUUCCCAUUCGCUGUGUGAAAAGUAUUAUACAUCAGGUCCUCCAGGGCUUGGACUAUCUGCAUAGCAAAUGUAAAAUCAUCCACACCGAUAUAAAACCAGAAAACAUCUUGAUGUGUGUCGAUGAUGCUUAUGUCCGUAGAAUGGCUGCAGAAGCCACAGAAUGGCAGAAAGCGGGUGCACCACCUCCAUCGGGUUCAGCAGUGAGCACUGCUCCACAGCAGAAGCCAGUUGGAAAGAUUUCCAAAAAUAAAAAGAAAAAACUAAAAAAAAAGCAGAAGCGUCAAGCAGAGCUCCUAGAAAAACGCCUUCAAGAAAUCGAAGAGCUGGAGAGGGAGGCAGAAAGGAAAAAAACUGCAGAAAAUGAAAAUGAGCAGGAUGCUGAUAGCCAGCCAGAAGCCAAAUUGAAGACGGUUUGUCUGGAGGAUGCUACUGAUGAGGAGCCGGUCAAUGACUAUGUUUUAGCAGGUAAUGUUUCUUCAGAAGGUGAAGAUCAUGAUGAGAAAGAAGAUACCGAAAAGGAAAUUGUUGAAAAAGAUGACGAUGAUGAUGAUGAGGAUGAUGAUGUGGAGCCAGAACUGGUGAACACAGAUCCAACAUGGAUAGAGUCUCCAAAAACAAAUGGCCAUUUGGAAAAUGGUCCAUUCUCCCUGGAACAGCCGUUAGAUGAUGAAGAUGAGGAAGAGGAAGACUGCCCAAAUCCAGAUGACUCUAACCAUGAUGAGUCAAAUGCCGAUAGUGAUUAUACAUACAGUAGCUCUUAUGAACAGUUUAACAGUGAUUUGCCAAAUGGACAACAUAAGAAUACGGAGUUAGAGUUCUCAGAUUUUUCAGCAGCAAUGUUUUCUGACCCAUUAGAGUCUGUAAAAUCUGCUUUGGCAGCUUCUGAGGAUUCCACAGUUAUAGAGCGGCAUGAAAGUAGCCCUUGCCAAGACAGAAGCAGGACGGUUUCCGCAUCAAGUACUGGAGAUAUGCCAAAAAAUAAAAUGCGUGCUGCAGAUCUGCUGGUGAAUCCACUGGAUCCUAGAAAUGCUGACAACAUUAGGGUUAAAAUUGCAGAUCUUGGAAAUGCUUGUUGGGUGCACAAGCACUUCACUGAAGAUAUACAGACUAGACAGUAUCGCUCCAUAGAAGUUCUCAUAGGAGCGGGCUACAGCACUCCUGCCGAUAUCUGGAGUACAGCUUGUAUGGCAUUUGAACUAGCAACUGGAGACUAUUUAUUUGAACCACAUUCCGGAGAAGACUACUCCAGAGAUGAAGACCAUAUAGCACACAUCAUUGAGCUUCUAGGCAAUAUCCCAAGACACUUUGCUCUGUCUGGAAAAUAUUCUCGGGAAUUCUUCAAUCGCAGAGGAGAGCUUCGACACAUCACUAAACUAAAGCCGUGGAGUCUCUUUGAUGUUCUGGUGGAGAAGUACGGGUGGCCUCAUGAAGAUGCUGCGCAGUUUACAGAUUUUCUCACUCCUAUGCUGGAAAUGGUCCCAGAGAAACGUGCAUCUGCUGGCGAGUGCUUGAGACAUCCCUGGUUAAGUUCUUAGAAGUUGUUUUGGUCUUCAGAGUUGCUCCUUUGGAUCUAACCGCUGACUUUCACAGUAUCUAUAAAAGGAUUUUGAGUGAUCUGGCUGUGGCCUGACACUUUCUUUUUGAAGUACUGUACUUUGUUUCUGUUUUGUUUUCCUUUGCUUGGUGUGCGCUGUGGUCAUUGGAAAAAAUAGCCUCUAUGUCUUCAGCUGUAAGCUUUACUGGCCCACUUUUUUCUGGGGAUGGGGGACUGGGGAGAAAAAAAGACUAAGAAAAAACACAAAAUCUGGUCUUGUUUUUCAUGUUACGUGGCAUUCAGAUGUCCAAUUUUUUGAACAAGGAGUACAUUUUUUCCAUGUGUCUGGCAGAUUUUGUAACUAUUUAUGAAGAUAGGUUUUAGCUGAUGUUGGGUAAAUCCAAGCUUUUGAAAGACAAACAAGGUCUAAUACAAGGCCCUGUACACUUUUUACCUUAACCAAGGGAUUAUCAUUCUUGUACUAUAGUGUAUGUACAUUCACUUUGUAAAUGUUUAUUUUCAUUAACACCCUUGCUUUGCGAUCGAGGGCUGCGUUCUGUUCUCUGCCCAUCUAGCAAUGAAGGGUUACUUUACAGGUAGGGGGAUUACAGGUCCAAAGCAGAUUAG